AUGGACGACGAAACACCCAACGUCCUCCUCGCAGGCCUCAUCUGCAGAGGCAGCGUCCACCUCGUCGUCGGCACCAACCCGCUCGCGGCCGCCCGCUGCGCGCAGUCGCUCCGCGCCGGCGCGCGCCCGAUCCUCAUCGCUCCUGCGGCCACGGACCUGCACUACGGCCUGCAGGCCAAGAUUGACGACGGCAGCGUCAAGUGGGAGCAAAAGACGCUCGAGGACGGUGACUUGUUCCGUCUGGGCAGGGAAGAGGUCGGUGGCGUGGUGGAUGCCGUCUUUCUAACGACGUCCUCCCGCGAUACGAACACUCACGUCUCCGCCCUGUGCAAGCGCAACCGCAUCCCCAUCAACGUCGUCGACGCUCCCGACCUCUGCACCCUCACCCUGCUGUCCACCUACGCCGACGGGCCGCUCCAGGUCGGCGUCACGACCAACGGCCGCGGGUGCAAGCUCGCCUCGCGCAUCCGCCGCGAGAUUGCCGCCUCCCUCCCCGCGCACCUCGGCGCCGCCACCACGCGUCUCGGGCUCGCCCGCCGGCGCAUCAUCGAGCAGGACCGCCUCCUGGCGACGGGUGACGGCGGCAACGGCGACGACGACAACGACGACUCUUCGGGCCAGAGCGCCGCGUUCAACAGGCUCGUCACGGAGGAGACCGAAGACGUCAAGACCCGCCGCAUGCGCUGGCUCAGCCAGGUCUGCGAGUACUGGCCGCUGAGCCGCCUCGCGGCCGUCACCGACGACGACGUCGAGAAGCUGCUCUCCAGCUACCGCCCCGGCGGCGGGGGCGGCGUCGCCUCCUCGCCGCCCACCCUCCGCGAGCCCGGCAGCGGCAGCCCCCCCGACAGCCACCGGUCCCCCAAGCUCGGCCGUCUCGUCCUCGCCGGCAGCGGGCCCGGCCACCCGGACCUCCUCACGCGCGCCACACACCACGCCAUCCUGGCCGCCGACCUCAUCCUGGCCGACAAGCUCGUCCCCGCGGGCGUGCUCGACCUCAUCCCGCGGCGCACCCCCGUGCACAUUGCCCGCAAGUUCCCCGGCAACGCCGACCGCGCGCAGGAGGAGCUCCUCGCCGCCGCGCACGCCGGCGUCGUCGCCGGCCAGACGGUCCUGCGCCUCAAGCAGGGGGACCCGUUCCUCUACGGCCGCGGUGGCGAGGAGGUGGCGUACUUCCGCGCCCGCGGGCUCGGCGACCGCGUCGCCGUCCUGCCCGGCAUCACGAGCGCGCUGAGCGCGCCGCUGUUCGCCGCCAUCCCGCCCACGCAGCGCGACGUCGCCGACCAGGUCCUCAUCUGCACGGGGACCGGGAAGAAGGGCGCCGCGCCGGUGCCCCCCGAGUACGUGGCCUCGCGCACCGUCGUCUUCCUGAUGGCGCUGCACCGCAUCUCGGGGCUCGUGGCGGAGCUCACGACCCCGGUCGAGCUGCUGCUGCAAGCCGGCGGCGGCGGCGGCGGCGGCGGACCGGAGGAGCAGGGCGAGGACAAGACGCCGAGGCGCGCGCUCUGGCCGACGACGACGCCCUGCGCCGUCAUUGAGCGCGCCAGCUGCCCCGACCAGCGCGUCAUCCGCACCACCCUGGGCCGCGUGGCCGAGGCCAUCGAGGAGGAGGGCAGCCGCCCGCCGGGGCUGCUCGUCGUGGGCGCGGCGUGCAAUGCGCUCGAGGGCUCGCUGGAAAAGGGCCGCGCGUGGGUCGUCGAGGAGGGCUUUCGCGGGCUGGAUGGGCUGGGGGCGUUGACGACGGGGCUCGAGGAGAUGCCGGCUGCGGCUGCUCCUGCUUCUGCUCCUGCUCCUGCUGCUGUUGCUGUUGCUACGUCAUGA